GCGCAGAGGAGCGGCGGCGGCGGCGGCGGGAAGCCCCAGAGCGCGCUGCGCCCCCGCCGAGCGAGCGUCCGCGUCCCGCCGGCCGGCCGCGCCAUGGCCUUCUCCCAGGUGCAGUGUCUGGACGACAGCCACGUCAACUGGCGCUCCAGCGAGUCCAAGCCCGAGUUCUUCUACAGCGAGGAGCAGCGGCUGGCGCUGGAGGCCCUGGUGGCCCGCGGCCCCGACGCCUUCUACGAGGUGCUGAAGCGCGAGAACAUCCGCGACUUCCUCUCCGAGCUGGAGCUCAGGCGCAUCCUGGAGACCAUCGAGGUGUACGACCCCGGCUCCGAGGACCCUCGCGCCAGCGGCCAGCCCCGCGGGCCGGAGGACAGCGGGGGCGGCCAGGGCGGCGAGGAGGCUAGCGCGGCAGACGGGGCCCCCACCGAGGCCGAGCCGCUGCCCUCGCUGGAGUACUGGCCCCAGAAGUCGGACCGCUCCAUCCCGCAGCUGGACCUGGGCUGGCCGGACACCAUCGCCUACCGCGGCGUGACCCGGGCCAGCGUCUACAUGCAGCCCCCCAUCGACGGGCAGGCCCACAUCAAGGAGGUGGUGCGAAAGAUGAUCAGCCAGGCCCAGAAGGUGGUCGCGGUGGUCAUGGACGUGUUCACGGACGUGGACAUCUUCAAGGACCUGCUGGACGCUGGCUUCAAGAGGAAGGUGGCCGUGUACAUCAUCGUGGACGAGAGCAGCGUCAAGUACUUCCUGCACAUGUGCGCACGGGCCCGCAUGCACCCGGGCCACCUCAAGAAUCUCAGGGUGCGGAGCAGCGGCGGGACAGAGUUCUUCACGCGUUCGGCCACCAAGUUCAAGGGCGCCCUGGCCCAGAAGUUCAUGUUCGUGGACGGAGACCGGGCCAUCUGCGGCUCCUACAGCUUCACGUGGUCGGCGGCCAGGACGGACCGGAACGUGAUCUCCGUGCUGUCCGGCCAGGUGGUGGAGGUGUUCGACCGGCAGUUCCAGGAGCUGUACCUCACGUCGCACAGCGUCAGCCUCAAGGGCGUCCCCAUGGAGAAGGAGCCCGAGCCCGAGCCCAUCGUGCUGCCCUCUGUGGUCCCGCUGGUGCCCUCGGGCACCAUGGCCAAGAAGCUCGUCAACCCCAAGUACGCGCUGGUCAAGGCCAAGAGUGCCGACGAGCUCGCCAAGACGUCCUCCGAGAAGCAGGAGGCCACGAGGCCCCCGGGGGCGCGGGGCCCGGAGCCGGCCGAGCGGCCGGCGGAGCUGCCGGAGCCACCCCCGCCGAUCCACCCGGGGCUGCUGGACCUGGAGCGAGCCAACAUGUUCGAGUACCUGCCCACGUGGGUGGAGCCGGACCCGGAGCCCGGCAGCGACAUCCUGGGCUACAUCAACAUCAUCGACCCCAACAUCUGGAACCCCCAGCCCAGCCAGAUGAACCGCAUCAAGAUCCGCGACACCUCCCAGGCCUGGCGGCAGAGCCAGGACUCCAGCGCCGGCCCCGCGAACGGGGUGCCCGCCCAGAACGGCCUCCCCCAGGGCGACGCCGAGCCACGGCCUCCCGUGCCCAAGCCCCGGACGGUCCCCGUGGCGGACCUGCUUGCCCAGGAUGGCGGCGGCCCGGGCUGGGCCCUGGGGAGCCCGGAAGAGGAGGCGCCCCAGCACAGCACGGACCUUGGGCCGCCCAGGACCGCGGGCCCAGGCCCUGGCCCCCUGCAGCGGCAGCUGUCCACGGAUGCCCCGGACGGCCGGGGGGCGGCGGUCCCCAAUGGGCUAGAUGGGGAGGAGGAGGAGGAGGACGACGACGACGACGACUACGUGACCCUCAGUGACCAGGACAGCCUCUCGGGCAGCUCUGGCCGAGGCCCUGGCCCCCGGCGGCCCUCGGUGGCCUCCUCCUCUGUGUCAGACGAGUAUUUCGAGGUGACGGAGCGCUCAGCCAUGCUCCGAAGGCGCCACUCAGAGCAGGUGGCCAACGGGCCGGCCCAGCCCCCCCGCCGACAGCUGAGUGCCCCUCACCUGACACGGGGGACCUUUGCCGGACCCCUAGGGGGCUCCUCGUGGGCCCAGGGUCGGGAGAGAGAAGAGGCGGGCACUCUGACGAGGAUGCAGGCCCCACGCUCGGCGGACAAGGAGGCACAGGGCCUGCGCUUCCACCACCACGGAGUCUCGGGGGCCAGGGACAAAGACGGCUUCUCGCGGCCGCUGAGGACCCCAGGAGCCCCGCGGUACCGCCCCGCUGCCGACGGCGCCCAGAGCUCCAGCAGGAAAGCGGGCCCGGCCGUGGCUGGCCCACAGCGCUGGCAGGCCAAGGCUGGCCCGGUGCCCCGCACGCUGGCGGGUCCCGGGAGCCCGAGGCUGGCCCGAAACGCCAGCCCCCUGGCCGAGGGCAGGGCCACCGAGGAGCAUCCUAGUCCUUUCGGAAUCCCGUACUCUAAACUGUCCCAGGCAAAGCACCUGAAGGCCAGGACGGGCGCGGGCCAGUGGGCCUCAUCCGACUCGAAGCGGCGGGCUCAGGCCCCCCAGGACCCCAAGGACCCCUAGCGCGCCGUGCCCGGGCUGGGAGCCUCCCCGCCCACGGGCGCCCGCACCUCCAGAGCCCCCCCCCCCCCCCCCGGAAGGCAGGGAGGCGGGGGCGGCGGCGUGGACGCUCACCUGGUCGGUGCACCAGUACCAGGUGGCCAUGAU